AUGCAUUCGCCCCGGGAAAGCGAUGAUGUUCUUGUGCAGAAUCAUCGUUUUUUUCAGGACUAGAGAUGACCUUCUAGUGAAGAAACAUGCAGAUGCCCUGGGUAACGGUGAAAUUCUUGUGAAAACACAUCGUGUUUUUCCGGUCAAAAGAUCCCCUUAAACUGAAGAAACAUGCAUUUCCGCUGGGAAAAAUGUGAAGUUUUUGUUUAGAAACAUCGUGUUUCUCCGGAGAACAGACUACUUUCUAGUGAAGAAACACGCAUUUGCCGUGGCAAAACGAUGAAGUUCCCGUCAGGAAACAUCGUGUUUUCAAGCACAAAAGAUUACUAUUACCACUUCACUAAAAGUAUCGAAACACACAAAAUCAAUUUUGUGUAAAUAGAGAUUCGAACAUGUGAACUUAGCUUUGUCUGUACAAACUACAAGUAGCACUACCACUAGUCACAACACAACGUACAGAGAUUAGAAUACGAGGUAUUAUUUACGCGAGGAAAAGUUAUAAAGAAUGAUUAAACCAUAACUGUAGCCUUGUACC